UUGCAGAUGGCCAGUUCUGCGAGAAAUUCGAAAAACGAGGAAAUUCAGCAGACUCGACCACCGUGUAAAUAUAAAAGUAAUUGCUAUCGGAAAAAUCCUCAACAUUUUGAAGAAUUCUCUCAUCCAGAUAACAAUUCAUUAUGUGGAUCAAGUACAUGCGGAGAAGUGAAUUCAAACAACCCCAAGAAUGUAGAAUCAGUCGGUCAGAAUUUGUACGGGAUUUACCUUUUUCGUGUAUCCGGUGUAAAAUAUGGAAGAUUUCCUACCAUGACUUUAAAGGAAAUACUUGAUUCCGGUGAUGGCGAACUUAUAUCUUCAAUACAGUUCAACUACAUGUUUGACAUAAAAUGGUUAUUGGAACAGUAUCCGAAAUAUUCAAGAUUAUUGCCACUGACUAUUGUACAUGGUUUUGAAGGGAGGAUAAAGAAAAGCUUAAAUGACACUGCUGCGUCUUAUAGUAAUAUACAAGUUCAUCAAGCCAACAUUCGACUGCCAUAUGGGACACAUCAUACGAAAAUGAUGAUACUGAAGUAUAAAGAUGGACUAAAAGUUGUAAUUCAUACUGCCAAUAUGAUACCAGAAGACUGGGAUCGGAGAACUCAAGGUAUAUGGAUUAGUCCAAAGUUAAGUUUAUUGAAUUCCGAAUUAAAGAAAAGUUCAAGUUCAUCUACAGAUUCGGAAACUAACUUCCGUGCAGAUCUACUUGAAUAUUUGAAAGCAUAUUCAACUGGUGUGACUCAGUCUGUUAAUUCACCUUUAUUUGAAUGGAUUGAUUGUUUGCAUAACUACGAUUUUCGACCAAUCAAGGUUGUGUUAAUUGCCUCAGUCUCUGGUAGAUUUGUUGGUCAGUCAAUGAAGAAAUUCGGCCAUCCUCGUUUAGCACAGGUUUUGCAUGCUGUUAACAAUCGAAUUCCUUCAUCUUGGCCAGUAGUCGGACAAUUUUCAAGUAUCGGUUCUCUUGGAUCUCAACCCCCAGCUUGGUUCACCACAGAAUGGUCUUCUAGUUUGGCUGGUCGGGGAGCUCGCGGAUUACGAAUGAUUUACCCGUGCGUUGAGGAUGUUCGUAACAGCUUAGAAGGUUAUCUUGCCGGUGGUUGUCUACCGUACACCAAGCGAACAGCUGAAAAACAACCAUGGCUUCGUCAAUUCCUUCAUCGUUGGCAAGCUUUCGGACAUAGUAGAGCUGCUCCUCAUAUUAAAUCAUAUACUCGAAUGUCACCUGAUGGCAGACAGAUUGGAUGGUUUCUUUUAACUAGUGCCAAUCUUUCUAAAGCUGCUUGGGGUAGUUAUGAAAAAUCAGGAAGUCAGCUGAUGAUACGUUCAUAUGAACUUGGUGUCCUAUUCUUACCAUCGAAUUAUAUGGAGUCAGCUGAAACAUUUGAAGUUUUGGACGGUGGCUUAAAGCGAUCGCAUACAUCAUCACAAGGGGUCUACCACCAUUUCCAGUGCCGUAUGAACUACCUCCUGUAGAAUACAGUUCAAAUGAUGAACCAUGGAUAAUAGAUGAAGCGUCUAAACUCCCUGAUGUAUUUGGUAAUGUAUGGGAACCUCAGUAGAUAUUCUGUUGUCUCCUGUCAUAUCCAAGAAGGUUCACGAAGUUUGUGUAAUACUUAUGCCUACUUCUAUAUGUGUAAAUGUUUAUCAAAAUUGUAUGAAGUAUCUUUUGCCUUUAUACAUAAGUGAAUUUAUCAGAAGACUAACUGUAUGGUUUAAUAAAAAAUUCUACUUGCAAAUACAUUUCGCUUUUUAUACCUCGAUGAGUAGUACAAUAGUCGGGAGUUUUCACUGACGUUUGUUUUCUUUUAACUAGUGUUUCUUUUGUAUUGUCUAUUGAAAGUGAGUAUUGUUUUUCUUUGCUUCGACUAAAUAGCGCUCACUGAUGACAGUGGUAAGAAAAAAAACACAAUGAUGAAUGAAUAA